AAAUUCAGGCAGUCACAACCUGACCUUCAAGCACACGGAACCCUAACGAGACAUCGGUGGGACUGUCUAGAGAAAACAAAAACAUAUAUUUUUUGCAGUUUUAACCAUUACAACGUUUUUACUGACUGUCGUACCAUUUGGACUACCUUUUUGACUACGGAGGGGAAAGCUGUCCUAGUCACCACGGUGUUCCCACUUUUCUUCCACCGAGUUGUAACCUUUUUUAGUUUGGCAUUUGAGGGGAGCUGAGUUGAGAACUAGUGUGUGUGUGCCUCUUUCGCCUCAGAGUCAGUCGGAUGCGCUGAGAGUCCGGGGCGCAACGCUGUUUAUGGAAGUUGUGGGCUGCAAGGCAGAAGCGAGCAGUUGCACAUUGCAUCCAGGAGUCAUGCUUUUCCACGGGAUCUCCGGGGAUCAUAUCCAAGGAAUCAUGGAGGAGAUGGAGAGGAGGUCUAAAACGGACUCGCGUCUGGCUAAAGGCGUGCAGCUAAAUGGUAGAGAAUCGACAAUGCCUUCUAUGAGCCCAGAGAAGCCCGCCUUGUGUGCCGGUUGCGGGGGUAAAAUCUCGGAUAGAUACUACCUCCUUGCCGUGGAUAAACAGUGGCACCUACGGUGUCUCAAAUGCUGUGAAUGUAAACUGGCUCUGGAGUCGGAGCUAACGUGUUUUGCAAAGGAUGGGAGCAUCUAUUGCAAAGAGGAUUACUACAGGUUCUCCGUGCAAAGGUGCGCACGUUGCCAUCUCGGGAUAUCUGCGUCGGAGAUGGUUAUGCGGGCGCGGGAUUCGGUGUACCAUCUCAGCUGCUUCACAUGCACCACGUGCAACAAGACCCUCACCACGGGCGACCACUUCGGUAUGAAGGAUAGCCUGGUGUACUGCCGAGUCCACUUCGAGACUCUGGUCCAGGGGGACUACCAUCCGCAACUCAACUACGCUGAGCUGGCUGGGAAGGGCGCAGGCCUGUCUCUGCCUUACUUCAAUGGUACCGGCACAGCCCAGAAAGGAAGGCCGCGGAAAAGGAAAAGUCCCGCCAUGGGGAUAGAUAUUGCCAGCUACAACUCAGGUUGUAACGAGAACGAGGCCGAUCAUCUGGACCGUGACCAGCAGGCCUACCCUCCCUCACAGAAGACCAAGCGCAUGCGUACCUCCUUCAAGCACCACCAGCUCCGCACCAUGAAGUCUUACUUUGCCAUCAACCACAACCCUGACGCCAAGGACCUGAAGCAGCUGGCCCAGAAGACGGGCCUCACCAAAAGAGUUCUGCAGGUUUGGUUCCAAAACGCAAGAGCCAAAUUCAGAAGGAACGUUUUGCGACAGGAGAAUGGGGGUGUUGAUAAGGCAGACGGCUCCUCUCUCCCUCCACCCUCAUCCGACAGCGGAGCACUGAGCCCCCCCUCCAGCGCGGCCACUCUUACAGACCUGACCAAUCCCUCAAUCACAGUAGUGACCUCCGUGACCUCUAGCUUGGACAGCCAUGAUUCGGGGAGCCCUUCACAAACUACCCUGACAAACCUUUUCUAACACGUCAGCUCUAGCAGAUUCAUUGUUUUUGUUCUCGACUCGAUUUUGGAUUUUUCUUUUUGUUGUUGAAAUGACACCUUUAAGAAACCAGAGACAGCUCAUUGGAAUAGAGAGUACUGUGCUGUACACACAACAAGAACAUUUAAAUACAAAGAAAUUAUUUUGAUGUGUAGCAUUUGCAAACGCUUGGCAGCUGAGUCUGUAGUGAAAUACAGAGAGCAGUGAUUGAUUUGCGAAUGGGACAUUUGGAUGUGGACGGUGUUGAAAAUUUAACUAAAACGGUUCAACAAUCUUGGACAGACCCCAAGUGGAACUAUUUUGUUGAAGAAAUCGGAUCAUUGUACCUCAUUUUAUUUCAUUUGUCGUCAUGAUUUGAAAGAGAUACAGUUUAGCAGUUUCAAAUACUUUCUGUAUCAUUUACAAGUUGAUUUCAAAUCAUUUGAAUUUUUACCCUAAGUAAUUUGUGUAUGUGCAAAUCCGUAUCUUUCCUUACACGGGGGAAAUAUUGAAAGAUUUUGCAGAAUGUGCUAUUAAAUGUAACUGAAAACCCAGAUCUAUCUUCAGACUGUUUCAGCCUUUAGGCCCAGAUGUAAUAGGCCACAGACCUAUUACACCGAGAUAAAUGUUAAACUUAAAAAAUGAACCCAAACAUUACAACUCAUAUGCUAAGUAAAUGCUACAACUUCAACAUGCAUUUUGUUUUGACACCUCAACUGUGAUAGAAUUUUUAAGAGCUGAGUAAAUCUGUCCAUCUGUACAGUGGUAACUGUUCAACCUGCAGUGGAGUCACAUAGAUAUUAGAGACAGCUUUCAACAAGAAAACGAAACAGAAAUUCUGAUUGGACCACAGUGAGCGGGGCACUAUUUAAUAGAUUGUUUACAUCAUACGAGCACUUUUACAAAUCUGUUCAUUGAUUCACGAUAUUCAAAUCAGUGUGCCCGUGGAAUUACGGAUCAAUUCAAUUGCACAGUGACAACAAGCCGCCCAGCGAAAGUGCAUUAUUAUCACGUUGCUCAGGGUAACAAUGUAAUUUUGGAGAAGACUGGAGGGAGGAAGAGAGAUGCUUCAGAGUAGAGCAGCAGGCCUGUCAGCUGACCUCAGACCAAGUCAAGCUGUUACAGGUAGCCAGUAAGAAGAUACAUCAAUCUCCCUGUUUCUAUCGUUUUGGGCCAUUUUUAUCCUUUCUUAACAGACAAUUGCCACUGAACACACCAAAACCAUUAUUCUUUUGGCUGGAAGUGGAGAGGAGAGGAGAGAUAGUGAGCAAAUCUUUACUGGGGUGGCUAAAAACAUUUUGUUGUGUCACAGUUUGUUCUAUUGUAGAACAAAGUGUUACUCUAGAUCUGCUUCAAAAAGUGGAUGCCUAACUCAGUUCUACUAUGUGCCUUAUGCUAUAACUUGGAAGAAAGGUUGUGAAAUUCAGGAUUUAUGUGUUGUUUGUUGACUGACUCACAUCCUCUCGACGCCACACUAGUUUUGUACUGUUUUGCAUCUUAUAUCUGAAGAUCUUUUUAUGGUGUAUCCUGUUCAAAGGGGGCAGCGAUGUCAUAGAAAGCAUUUGUGCACUCUUUGAGAUAUAGUUGGUAAAUCCAAGAAUCUUAUAUAUUGAUCAUCGUGUUGAUAGUUGAGUACAGUAAGUGUUCUAUCAAGAUUGUCCAUGUUUCCCUGUUUCUUGAUAAAGAUGGUGUAUAGAAGCUAUUUCUCCUUAAAUAUUUAUGGACCAAACGGUUGUUAUAUAUCUUAUUAAAUUUGUGUGAAUAAAAAUACUUUGCUUUAACUGAGUUUUAUUUUUCAUUACACUUGCCAUUUUUGUGUUUGUUUCCUAAAUACUACGUUUUAUUUUAUCACAUCAGCAAAUGAAUUAGCAUUCAAUUAUUGAUGAGCGAUUAAAAACUUUCCACAUUUUUGCUUCCAUUUUUAAUUUAAAUUUCCUAUUUUCUGAUGUUUUUAGUUGUAAUGUAAUGCCCCAUGGAUUUGCAUCUAAACCCUGUAGUCAAAACAACAACAUGAAAAUGGCUUUUUAAUGCAUGAACAUGGAUACUUUUUAAAAUUGAAAUCGAAGGAAUGCUUCUGAGCAUACAGUGAUAUAUGCAUAUUAUUUUAGUACACCUAAAGUGAAAUAAGAGUAAUUGCAGACCCCGUAAAGCCAGGUUGCUCU